AUGUACCCUAUGAGAGAAAUAGGACAUAGGGAUAAUGCUGGUGUUCCCCUUACUAUUGAUCCCCCCGGGGCACCAGGAGAGCUGCUAGUUCUAAAACAACAGUUUCCCUGUCCCAGAGAUGAUAUUAGUAAGUUUUGUGAUGUUUUGAAAGGAUUGAUGACUGCUAAUGACCCUGUUAAGCGAGAUUAUGAUCAAUUGUGGCAGAUGACUUUAACCAGUGCAGAGCUGACUAGUUUUAAAGCAGCAUGUCCCAAAGUAGUACAGAAUGUGAAUUGGGAUACUGAUGUUAAAUUUGUGGAGUGCAAGGCUGCCGCAUGUAAUACAUUAAAUGGUAAUAUUAUUAAAGAUUUUGUUGAAGGAUUUCCUCAGAACACCGACUGGACUAAGAUGAACACUGCUACACAGGAAAAGAAUGAAAGUGUUGAGGAAUUUGCUGAUAAAAUUAAGAAGUUAAUAAAAGCGUAG